CAACAAGGUUGAAAUAUCAAACAAGCAAAUGCCUCCUCCAUCUGGAGCAAUUGUCGGUUCAUUCAUGAGAAUACGCGUUUCUUCAACGAGGAAAUUCUUGUGCUAGCUAGCAGAUUUCUGCGCUAGCAACUCGGAAAUUCAGAACAUUCCUCAAACGAUAGCUAGAUGAUGAAUCUUUUCUAUGUCUAAAAUCUCAGGGUUGCUUGUUGUUAGCUGGCUGGCUAGCUAGCUAACGUUAGCUAACAAGAUAGCUGGGUAUGUAUUUUUGACUGGGCUAGCUACUAGCUGGCUGGCUAGCUAGCUAGCUGUUCAUUUUAUGCCUGGCAUGUGUUUGUCUAAUAAUUUAACCAGCUAUCGCUAACUAAUCAGAACUAUUAAGCUGCCUUACUACGGCUAAUCGCGAUACAUAUUGUUUCGCAAAUCCGUAACAAACCAAACAGCUUCAUCUGAGCUAGCUAGCCAGCUAGCCUCAAUACAACAGAAGAAUGAGCAGAAAACAACAUCAUCAUUUGAAAGGAGCCGAAGUAAGCUGCUGUGUAAAAUAUUUUCUAUUCGGAUUCAACAUUAUAUUUUGGUUGCUUGGAGCUGCCUUCCUGGGCAUUGGACUUUGGGCAUGGGCUGAGAAGGGAGUGCUGUCCAACAUCUCGUCCAUCACGGACCUGGGCGGCUUCGACCCGGUGUGGCUGUUCAUCGUGGUGGGAGCGGUGAUGUUCAUCCUGGGCUUCGCCGGCUGCAUCGGAGCGCUGCGGGAAAACACCGUCCUGCUCAAGUUUUUCUCAGUGUUCCUGGGGCUGAUCUUCUUCCUGGAGCUGACGGCGGGCAUCCUGGCCUUCGUGUUCAAGGACUGGAUCAAAGACCAGCUCAACCUGUUCAUCAACAACAACGUCAAAGCCUACCGGGACGACAUUGACCUGCAGAACCUCAUUGAUUUUGCCCAGGAAUACUGGUCGUGUUGCGGCGCUCACGGGCCCAACGACUGGAACCAGAACAUCUACUUCAACUGCACGGAUCUCAACCCCAGCCGGGAGCGCUGCGGAGUGCCCUUCUCCUGCUGCGUCAAAGACCCUGCCGAGGAUGUUCUCAACACACAGUGCGGCUAUGACGUGCGGCUUGAAGGAGAGUUGGAACAGCAGCGGUACAUCAACACCAAGGGCUGCGUGGGCCAGUUUGAGAAAUGGCUCCAGGAUCAUCUGAUUGUCGUGGCCGGAGUAUUUGUGGGCAUCGCACUGCUACAGAUCUUCGGCAUUUGCCUGGCCCAGAACCUGGUGAGUGACAUCAAAGCGGUGAAGGCCAACUGGUGACAUGAGGUUUUGGAGGAGAGGUGAGAUGGAACGAGAGCAACAUUGGGGGGUGGAGGUGAGGGUGGGGGCGGAGGGGUAUGGAGAUGGACGAUGCGUCCACCACUCCUCCCCCUCCCUUCCUCCCUCUCUCUCUCCCUCGCUCGCGCUCUCUCUUUUUUUCUCUCUCUUCCUCUCCUCCUUCCUCUCGGGUCCUGGCCGGACGCGGAGCUCUGUCCACACAAAGGGCCGAGGCCAAACGCCCACGCACGGGGAGCUUCACAGGAGCCGCGGCAGCAGAGACCCACCUCACAAACGGAUCUAUUUUUCUUUCCUUUUUUUUCUUUUAUUUUUUUUUUCAUUUCGUCUGUUAUUCUUGCUAUGUGUCUCAUUCGGUUCCUGUCUUCUUUGGGAUGGGAUGGUGGGUGUAGUGUGUGUGUGUGUG